CUGCUGACGCGCCGCCGCUCGCCUCCUAUGAAUAGCCCUGGCCGGGCGGGAAGCGCGGCAAUGAGCGCCGGCGAGGGGCUCGGGGCGCCGUAGAAGCGCUCGGAGGCGGAGAAGGCGAGGAAGGCGAGGGCUGUGCGCGGCAGAGCCUCGUCCGCUGGCUGGCUGAGGGCGCGGAGGAUGGCCCCUGCUCCAGGGCGGAGGGCAUGGACGCGUCGGCGGGCGGGCGCAACUCCUCGGGCGGCAACGGCACGGCGGGCGGCGGCGGCGAGGGGCCCUCGGUGGUGUCCGGGGUCAGCGCCGGGGUCGGCUCGGUGGUGGGCGGCGCGGGCUCGGCGUCGGAGCCCCAAGGCGGCGGGAGCGCCAUCCUGAUCUCCUUCAUCUACUCGGUGGUGUGCCUGGUGGGCCUGUGCGGGAACUCCAUGGUGAUCUUCGUGAUCCUGCGCUACGCCAAGAUGAAGACGGCCACCAACCUGUACAUCCUGAACCUGGCGCUGGCCGACGAGCUGCUCAUGCUCAGCGUGCCCUUCCUGGUCACCUCGACGCUGCUGCGGCACUGGCCCUUCGGCGCCGCGCUCUGCCGCCUCGUGCUCAGCGUGGACGCCGUCAACAUGUUCACCAGCGUCUACGGGCUGACGGUGCUGAGCGUGGACCGCUACGUGGCCGUGGUGCACCCGCUGAAGGCCUCGCGCUACCGGCGGCCCUCGGUGGCCAAGGCCGUGAACCUGGGCGUGUGGGCGCUGGCGCUGGUGGUCAUCCUGCCCAUCGUGGUCUUCUCGCGCGCCGAGGUCAACAGCGACGGCACGGUGGCCUGCAACGUGAUGAUGCCGGAGCCGCGGCAGCGCUGGCUGGUGGCCUUCGUGUUCUACACCUUCCUGACGGGCUUCCUCCUGCCCGUGGUGGCCAUCAGCCUCUGCUACGUGCUCAUCAUCGCCAAGAUGCGGGUGGUGGCGCUCAAGGCCGGCUGGCAGCAGCGCAAGCGCUCCGAGCGCAAGGUCACGCUCAUGGUGCUGAUGGUGGUGGCCGUCUUCGUGGUCUGCUGGAUGCCCUUCUACGUGGUGCAGCUGGUCAACCUCUUCGUCGAGCCCGCCGACGCCACCAUCAGCCAGCUCUCCGUCAUUCUGGGCUACGCCAACAGCUGCGCCAACCCCAUCCUCUACGGCUUCCUCUCGGACAACUUCAAGCGCUCCUUCCAGAGGCUCCUCUGCCUCGGCUGGAUGGACCACGCCGCCGAGGAGCCCGUCGACUACUACGCCACCGCCCUCAAGAGCCGCGCCGACAGCGCCGAGGAGCUGGGCUUCCCGCCCGGAGACGCCGACGGGGGCAGCGCGGGGGCCUCGGGGGGCAGCGCCUACCGCAACGGCACCUGCGCCUCCCGCAUCACCACCCUCUGAGGCCGGCGGGAAAGAGGGGGCGGAGGACCACGCGGGGCAGGGGAAGGGGUGGGCGCCGGGCGGGGGGGAGGAAGCGCAGGGGCCGAGAAGCCCAGGGAAAGGGGUCUCCUCCCCCUCCCCACCCUCUCCCCUCACCCCCGAAGGCACUUUGGGGACCGCGGAGGCCAUCAAGUCCACACAACGAAAGGGAGUUGAAAGGAAAGCAAACUUAGAGGUCAAGCAAACGGAGGAGGGAAAGAGCUGAGGGGAGACUGAACCACACGAAGCCAAGGGAAAGAAAGGGUCCCUUCCUCCUCCCUCACCCUCGAAGGCACUUUGGGGACCGUCGAGGCCAUCAAGUCCAAACAAGGAAAAGGAUUGUCCAAGACUUUCAUGGCCGGAAUCACUGGGUUGUUGUGAGUCUUCCGGGCUGUAUGGAAGACCCCUCAACCUCUGAGGAUGCCUGCCAUAGAUGUGGGCGAAACGUCAGGAGAGAAUGCUUCUAGAACAUGGUGGCCAUACAGCCCGGAAGACUCACAACAACCCUGAGGAAAAUCCAGAGGUCAACAGGGGCGAACGGAGAGGAGAAAGAAAUGGGGAAAUGUGUUGUCGAAGGCUUUCAUGGCCGGAAUCACUGGGCUGCUGUGAGUUUUCCGGGUUGUAUGGCCAUGUUCCUUUCCCCUCCCCACCCUGUUCCCUCAUCCCCGAAGACACUUUGGGGACCGCUAAGGCCAUCAAGUCCAAACAAGGAAAGGGAGUUGAAAGAAAAGCAAACCUGGAGGUCAACACGGGCAAAAGGAGAGAAUAAAGAGCAGAGGGGAGAGACUGAGCCAGGAAGCCAAGGGAAGGCAAGGAGUCUCUUCCUCCCCUCUCAUUCUCGAAGGCACUUUGUCUAACUUCCCUCAGCAAGCAAACGAGGAAAGGUAGUUGAAAGAAAGCCCAACGCAGAUCAAGGGGAGAGAAAAAGGAGCAGGGGAAGAGACCUGCCCAGGGCACCAAGGAAAAAGGCUCUUCUUUUCUGUUUUGACACUUCAUUGGUCAGAAUAGAUGGGACCACGAUCACAUCCUUUUUCAGCCCUUUGAGUCUCCCAUAAGAGAGGGAAGCGGGGUGUCCUCCUUCUCGCCUCCUCUGCGCCCCUCUCCUUCGCCCUCUAAGGGACUUUGGGGGCCACUAAGGCCAUCAAGUCGAGCUCCCUCAAGAAACAAGGAAAAGGAGGGUUUGAAAAAAAGAGAAAACCUAGAGGGCAGCGCAGGCGAGGAAAGCAGGGUGCGGAGGGAAAGAAAUAGGAGCAUAUUUGCCCACAAAAUAAAGGGAAAGGACUCCUCUCUUUCCCCUUACUUUUCCAUCCGCUUUGAAUCUCCUGUAAGAGAGGCAUGCGGGAGACCAAGACGUAUAACAAUAGGAAUUCUUCUCCUCCGCGUCCCCUUCCCUCGCUUUCCAAGCACCUUGGGGACCACCAAGGACAUCCAAUCGUAACUCUCCCCGGAAAAAGGGGAAAGGGAGUUUAAAAAAACCCAGAAACCAACGCAGGACGAGGGGAGAAGGAGUCCAGAGGGAAGAAAGGGGAGAGGAGAACACUGGGGAGGGAAGAAACUGGUCCACGAAAGGGAGGGAAAGGGAAUAUUUAUCCGCUGCUCCUUCCUUCGCUCUCGAAGACACUUUGGGGACCACUAAGGCCAUCCAGUCCCAGCAAAGGGCGCGAAAACAAGCCCCCAAACACGAAGGGGCCCCGCCGACCCACACAGUGGGGGCCUGCAGACACACUAUCCGCCCCUAAUGUGAGGGGUCUCCACUGGGUGUCGGUCAGGCCCCUUGGUGCUUUGGGGUCUUGGUUUUGUGAACUUCCUUCUUUCCCUCCCUCCCUCCCUCCCUCCUGAGUUUGUGCACCCAUCUGUGUGUGGUUUCCCCGUUUGGAGGUUGGAAAGCGCUCUUGACAUGCUCAGGGCGCUUUAAUUGCUUGCCGAGGGCAGGCUUGGGGACAUUCAAAACGGUGGGUGGGGGCGUCGAGUUGCUUUCAGAUCUAUUGCCGAAGGCAUCCCAAGCCUCAGAAAUCACGUUUGACAAAGGAAAAGAAAGCGGACAAUUCGAUAGGCGGUCAGAGAGUCCUUUCCUGCUUCUUCUUCUUCUCUUCCUCGGUCUCUUCCUCUUCUUUCUGCCGCUGGGGACAAACUCGUUCCCAAAACACACCAAGUGACAGGCCCCGGGCUGCACAAAUCGAAGCAGACUCCGCUUCGAAGCAGCUCCAGGAAAACAAGAUCCUUAAAACAUCUCUUUUGAGAGCCUUGAGGAAGUGUGUUGUCGUAGGCUUUCAUGUGCGGAAUCACUGGGUUGCUGUGAGUUUUCCGGGCUGUAUGGCCAUGUUCCAGAAGCAUUCUCUCCCGACGUUUCUCCCACAUCUAGGGCAGGCAUCCUCAGAGGUGUGAGGUCUAUUGGAAACUAGGCAAAGGAGGUUUAUAUAUGUGGAAGGUCCAGGGUGGGAGAAAGAACUCUUGUUAUUUUCCAUUUCAGCAGAAAGGAGGAAAACAUGAAAAUGAACACAAUCUGGCUACCAGUAUUAAAAAGAAAACUCUAAAAUCAGGACAAUCAAGAACAACACUCUGAAAACAGGGGAAUUCCAGACAGGAAACAAUCAGGGCCAGCUAACACCUCCCAACAAAGGAUUCCAUCAGGCAGGAAUCAGGCAGGCUUUGAAGCUACAAGGCGUGAUUCAGGGUGAUUAAUCAGGGUGAUUAAUUGCAGCAUUCAUACAUGUCUCCAACGGACAAGAGUUCUUUCUCCCACCUGGACCUUCCACAGAUAUAUAAAACUCCUUGACCUAGUUUCCAACAAACUUCACAACCACUGAGGAUGCCUGCCAUACCGUAGAUAUGGGAGAUACGUCAGGAGAGAAUGCUUCUGGAACAUAGCCAUACAGCCCGGAAAACUCCCAGGAACCCAGUCCUGAGAAACAUUCAGAGUCAGAGUAAUGGUUUGAGCGGGAAUGUUAGUUUAACAUGGUCUCAAGCCUUGUUUGAUGACGCACAAGUCCUCUUCAGCAGAGAAGGCUAGAGACUUUGUAAAACUACAACUCCUAGGAUUCCACACCAUUGAGCCAUAGCAAUUAAAGUGAUACAAAACUGCUUUGAUUCUAUAGUGUAGAUGCAACCCUAGACAUCACUUUUGAGAACCCUAAGAAACACUAAGAGCCAAUGCGGUGUAGUGGAUUGAACGUUGGACUAUGACCCCUUCCACACAGUUGAAUAUAAUCCCACAUUUUCUGCUUUGAACCGGAAUAUAUGACAGUGUGGAUUCAGAUAACCCAGUUCAAAGCGGAUAUUGUGGGAUUAUCUGCCUUGAUGUGUGUGGAAGGGCCCAGAAUUGACCCUGGAGGCCAAGGUUCGGGCUCUGGCUCUCACUGGGCGACCUUGGCCGAGUCACACUCUCUCAGCCCCAGGGGAUGGCCAAGCUCCUUUGGACCAACCUACCAAGAAAUCCCUGCGAUAGGAUAGGAACAAACCCACACACAACCACGACAAAUGUUGUACCCAGCAUCUCUCAGACACACGCACUCCUCACUCGAGUAGCCCCCAAAUCGCAUUUGGGGCCACCCUUUGUGGCCCCAAAUGCGAUUUUAUUUUCCUUUGGCAUUCAGCAGCAGCGCUGGGGAGAGGAAAGGGAAAUGGCAAUCCAUUUGCCAUAGGAAAGAAAAGCGGUCCGGGAGAAAGAGAGGCGGUGACGUCGUUAUCUCGCAGCAACAGCAGGCUGCUGAUAAGAGCGAGAUAAAUAGCUUGUCGCCCUCCGCUGCCACCCGCUUCCUUUGUGCCUGUCUGUCGAGAGCCAAGCUCUGGCCUCCAGCGCCGUUGGGCCCGGGUUCCUGACCAUCAAGGUGUGCAAAUAACGCAGGUGACGAGAGCCUUGAGGCGAUUGUCCCGGGCAGAGCGGGGUUUGGCCUGAACCAUGCCAGGGGCCGGGUUGGGAGAAGGAAGGAAAACAUUGGUGAGCCUCAAAAGGAUUUGUUGAAAGACUCCCGAAUAACUUGGCUGCAGUCCAGGCAAUAUUUGCUGAUAGUUACCUAGGAGAAACCGGGUUGUUUUUAAGGGAGCCCUCCCCACUUCUUAUGGAAGAUUACAAUUCUUAUUGCAAUCAGAGCCUGGCAAGGUUACCUUCUGGGGAAACAGUUUCCAGAAUCCCCUUUCCAGUAAUUUUUUCUUAAGGAAGAAGAGUCCAAAGCUAACUUUAAAUUCUACACUGUAGAAUGAAUGCAGUUUGACACCAUUUUAACUGUUCUGGCUCAAUGCUAUGCAAUCCUGGGAGUUGUAGUUUUGUAAGUAUUUCACCUUCUUUACCCAAGAAUGCAAGUGCUUCGCCAAACUGCAACUCCCAGGAUUCCACGGCAUUGAGCCAUGGCAAUUAAAAUGAUGCUAAACUGUAUUAAUUCUACAAUGCAGAUGCCACCAUAGAAGAGAAAACAAUUGCACCAACCCAGAAUUCCCAAGCACUGGACACACCCCAAGGCAUAAUAACACCCAGAAGUACAAAUAUGCUGGUUCCUGGUACUGGAGACUGUGGGUGCAUCUACAUAGUAGAAUGAAUGCAGUUUGAUUCCACUUGAACUGCCAUGGCUUGAUGCUAGGGAAUCCUGGAAAUUGUAGUUUUAUAAGGUUUUUAGCCUCCUCUGUAAAAUACUUAGUACCAAUACCUCACCAGAUUACAACUGCCAGGAUGCCAUAGAGCAUUGAGCCAUGGCACUUCAAGUGGGACCAAAUUGCAAUGAUACCACAGUUUAUUCUGGAAGCUGCAAUCCUCCUCCAAAAUAACCUCCAAGGCUUACAUCUAUGUGCUUAUUAGUAGUAUAUGAUGGAUUGGUAGCAUAGUAUGACACAGGAUGUCCAGUUCGGUCAGAAAUCUUCUCUAGCCCAGAGAUCAUGGAGUGCAUCUACACUGUAGAAAUAAUGCAGUUUGAUACCACUUGAACUACCAUGGCUCAAUGCUAUGUAAUCAUUGGAAGUUGUUGUGUAUAUGGUAUUUUCACUGCCAUUGAGUGAUGGUGCCCACCAAAUUACAAUUCUCACAAUUCCAUAGCAUUGAGCCAUAGCAGUUCAAGUGGUGUCAAACUGCAUUAUUUCUACAGUGUAGAUCAGUGGUUCUCAACCUGGAAUCCCCAGAUGUUUUUGGCCUUCAACACCCAGAAAUCCUAACUGGCUGGAAUUUCUGGGAUUUGUAGGCCAAAAACAUCUGGGACCCCAGGUUGAAAACCACUGGUAUAGAUGACCCCAUGGAAAUCCUACAGGGCAGCCCCUCCCAUACAAAACAAGCUAUAGGGGUCUUGUUCUUUGAUAUGGCCCCAAAAAGCUGCCCCUGGUUGGUAGUAUUUGGCUGUGAAAAUGCCAUGGAAAAGCCCCCAGAUAUCUGUUUGUAGACUUGCCAAAUCCGUUCAGUUUGCAAUGGUACCCAAUGGUAGAAUCAGGCUGCUUAUUUCACUAAGCAGUAAAGAAGAGCUGGAAAACAAGGGAACUACAAAAUUGGGUCAAGCUAAGCGACCUCUUCUGACCAAAAAAUCUGACCAAAAAAUAGUCAAUUUUAUUUUUAAAAACCACAUAAAUAGAUUGUGGAGAAACAAGGAAGGUACUGGGGUGGCAAAAAGAUCAGCCCCAUCCCUUUGUUUUUCAUUACCAAGCAACAUAUGUUUGUGUUUUCUCAACUUUUCUGUCAGCAGCCUCUCUUAAGUUGUAAUACAUUCUCCAAUUGCGUCACUAAGUGUGUUAGAUUUCUUGUUUACAAAAGUAAGAACCAUUAUGUUGUUUGUUUUAUGAAAUAUAUUGUUGUUUCUGUGUUGUGAAAACAUUUAUCUUUGAAAAGGUUAUCUUUCUAAACAGUUUGUGAUGUAUGCCAAGUCUGGGUAGUUAUUCAGAUGUGGGGUAAUUGCAAAAAUUGAAUGAAAGAUUAUUUACAGGUUGCAUUUGCCCAGGGUACUUUCACAGAGGGGAAAUGAAAUGCUUAGAGCUUUUCCUUCUCAUUCCUUCUGCUUCCUGUCUUUUAAAAAGAUUCUUGUACAUUCUUGGGAAAACAGCAAUGUGUUGUUUUAGAAACGAUAAUGGCUAAAGUGCCAAUCUCAAAUUAUUUUGUAAUUGUACGUGUGCAAUCUGAAAAAACAAUGUGUUCUGCCUUUUUGUUUUGAACCAGAUCUACAGUAUGAAUGCAAAACAGAGGCCCCUGUGUUCCAGCUUUGUCCUUGAAAUCGAGCCCAGUUUCUGGAUUAUCAGGGCACUAAGAGGAACUGAAAUAGAGAAAAUAUAUAUACAAAAGUGCUCAGAAAUAUACAUGCAUACAGUUAAAAUGUAUUCUGAAUAAGUGAUUUAAAUAUUGCAACCAUUAUUCUUAUUCCCAAGAUUGUAUCACAAUUGUAUUAAAUUAUACAUUUCAGGUCUAAAGGAAAAUGGGGGGAAUACAGUUUUAACACUGCUCCUUAUUCAGUUUUUCUAAUCCCUAUAUGACAGGCAUGAGCAAACUUCAGCCCUCCAGGUGUUUUGGACUUCAACGUCCACAAUUCCUAACAGCCUACCAGCUGUUAGGAAUUGUGGGAGUUGAAGUCCAAAACACCUGGAAGGCCAAAGUUUGCCCAUGCUUGUUCUAUGAUAUACUCUUCUCAAUAUGCUUACAAAAAUUAAAGGGUUAAAAUCUUCACUUAAAUGGGACAAUAUAUGCACUUCUUGCAGUUUUAUUAGCCAUAUGGCAUCAUUUACCUUCAUGGUGCUUUUCAGGCUGUAUGUGUAUCUAUGAAAUUCCUGCCACUAAUAGCUUCAUUUGAUUGGAUUAUGUCUUUAUGUGUUGCCUGAUUUACUGCAGUGGAAGAGAUCCUAUGAAUUUUUCCUUGGAACUGAGACCCUUUUUAUUGAGGUGCUUACUCCCAUCCAAGUGCCAUAGGUCUGUGUUUCUCCAGGCAAAAUCUGUUGGACUUAUAUGUAUAUUGCUCUGGCUAUAUUGUGUUUGUGCUUUGGUCAGUGAGAAGGUAAGGACUAGAAGAAUAGGGAUAAGAAAUCCAUGUGUGAAGGUGCAGUUUUACAUCUAUUUCAGCUUUGGCUCACUUGGGGUCUACAAACUACUGGUUGGACACCAUUUGGACAAACUCUCACCACACCAUUCUGUACAACUGUUCUACCCAAUGGGCAAAAACCCAUUGCAAAAAAAAGCUGGUAAUGAAGUCUGUGGAACUAAAUGAAAAAGCUUCAGUUUACUUUACAUUACAAUUCCAUAAAUGGCUCAGACGUCCCAUUGAGUUCAAUAGGACCUACUUACAGUUAAGCACAGAUAAGACUGGAGCCUUGGAGAACUAGAUCUUUUUAUCUGACAGUCACCAUGCCUAUAGUCUGCAUUUCAGUUCUUUUACAAUUGUGUGGAUUAUUCAUUUGCAAUUAUUCUGUUACAUUAACUUGAUUGCUCAUUGUACUUUCCCACUCACCAGACUCCACUUCAGUAUCAUUUUUUGACAUUCCUUUGAAAUUGGGAGAAUUGUCGAAUUGUUCAGAACAGACAGAAAUCCAAUUGGGCUACUUGUUAAUUAAGUUACUUUUUACAUUUUUAGAGUGGCAUUUCAAAUUUGGAUCACUGUUUCCUUCAAUCUAGUGCUCUUAUGCUGUCAUUUUCCUCAGCAAUACUGUAAUUCAGUGUUAGCUUAAUAAACAGAUGUAGUAAUCAGG